AUGUCUCGCAAUUUCCACCCCGUCAACGCCAACUCGCCCUCCACCACUACUCUUACCUCCGACCACGACAUUGAUCCUUCUCUUGAAGACAACAGCAACAAUAAUACCAUCAUCCAACCCUAUCUCUUUGACCAAGGCGUGUCUACCAAUACCAGCUUCAACAGCAACGAUCAAACCCUCGUGGAUAACUGCUCGAACAUUGAGGUCUCACAGCUUGUCACUGAGGCAAACCGCUUCUGGGGCAAUUGCUCAACGACCAUCCCCAGCAUUGAGACAGGCCCAUCAGUUGCAGAAUACCGAACCACAUACAUGAUGGGUAACUAUGACCAUGGCUAUGGUGAUCAAAACAUGCACGAAACAUCCGUGCCAUACGGUCCGUGCGACCACUACCAGGUGGCCGGGACAGGAAUGGACAUGGGAAUGAGAAUGACCGGCAUGAAAGGAGAGGACGAGGAUGACAUGUACAAUGCCAACCAAGCUUCUAUGCUUGCCGCGCUGGGUAUGACCCACCUCGAUGAGGGAGGAUCUCAUGCAGUGGAUGAUGACGCCAAAACUUCGUCGUCGGCUACAGUUGACGAUGAUCCUGAGUGGAAGGAGUGGAAGAAGUGGAAUGAGACGGACGCGAAUGGGGGAGUUAGAUUACCCUCGGAAGAAAGGAUGGACCAAGCAGGUGUUGCUACUUGGGUGGAUAUGGGCCCUGAGGAGAGAAAGACAAACGAGGGAUUCAUGUCCUCGAGGGAGAAGAUGGAUCAAGCAGGCGUUGCUGCUUGGUUGGAUAUGAACCGUGAGGAGGACCAUGGGGUCUUCCAACAUGAAGAUGAAGAUGACGAAGACGAAGACGAUACCACAUCUUACGGAUCCGACGACGACAUGAUGGAAAUGGGGGAAGAGACGGAGUAUUAUGAGGAGGAAGAGGAAGUUGUCAACGUGGUCGAGGGCCCUUCAAGACAGGUUCUUAUCAGUUCACAGACAGGAGCUGUUGCCGAGUACGAUACAGCAAGCUUUGGAUGUGACUUUGAGGUAGAGGAAGAAGAAAAAGAAGAAGAGCAACACAACGAAGAAAGAUGGGGUGGAGACGGACAACCUCGCCCAUCCCCCUUUCCUUGCUUCUACGACGCUCGAUCGGGGCUUAUCAUCGAGCUUUCCUCAUCCGAAAGUGACGCCGAAGAGACCAUGUCAGAUCCCUCUUCCGACAAUGAUAUCGAAGAGACCAUGUCAGACCCAUCUUCCUCAUCCACCUCUUCCUCCUCAUCACCAACCUCAGAAAACCCCCAAGCAUACGCCCUCCCCUGGCCCACCUCACCGUCCAACCUCAGCACUAGCACUACCACCAGCAGCACCAGCGCCAUCAUCACAACCCCCAACGAAAUAUCCAACACGAUGUACUUCGUCAACAGCCGGACAAUCUCCGGGGACUUCAGCGCGGAGGACGCAGCGCCCGUAGACCGGGUAAUGCGGAUCGUGCGCGAAGGGGAGUUGAAGAUGCGGUACCAGGAGCGAUAUGAGCGGCAGAAGGGGAAACUGGUGAAGCGGGAGAGGAGGGUUGCAGAGCGGGAAGACCGCGUGAGUAAGAGGGAGGAGAUGAGGACGGUGAGGGUUACGAGGGAGGUCGUGAGGAGGAUGGAUAGGUUGAUUGAUGAGAGUGAGAUUGAUGUUGAUGGCGAUUGUGAUGUUGAGGGGGGAGUUGAGUUGUGA